AUGACUCUUUACUACUCUUUGGUUUUCCUUUUAUUAGUCGCCGAGUCGGCAGCAUUCGUAGUUUUGAUUUUACCUUUCCCACACGCGUGGAGACGCGGUGUUUUACGUUGGGUGUCAAGGUCAACGUUGGUUGCCAAGUCUCAAGUUGCAUUAAAAUUCGCUUUCAUUUUUGUUUUGAUCUUAUUUUUAGAUGCCACCAAUCGUACAUAUUCUGUCCAACAAGAUAAAAACGAACCACUUGACGCGAGAACAGAGGCUGCACAUCAUGCUAAGAAAUUCUAUAAUCAACGCAACAUGUAUUUGACAGGAUUUACGCUCUUCUUGUCGUUAACAUAUGUGUUAGUGGUAGAACUAUUGGCGAGCGAAGAUAAUCUUGAGGCCUUAAAGAGACAGGCUACCAACCAUUCAAAAGAAUAUUUACGUGCAACGGAUUCCGAGACACAGCUGAAGAGUGAAAUCGAAAAGCUUAAUAAAGAAUUGGAUGAAGAAAAGAAGAAAACUUUAGACUUUGAAACAUUAAAGCAGCAAGCGUCCAACCAAGGCGAUGAAUAUAAUAGAUUGGCUGAUAGAUAUAAUGCACUUGAGAAACAAUUGCAAAGUGGUGAUGAUGAUAAAAAAUCCAAUUAA